AGCCCUGGUAAUUUAAAUCUUCGGCCCGACGUUAGAAUUCAUGUCCGAACCCAAAGUUUAAGACACAAGGGGUUUAACUGCUGUCUCUAAAGUUUGGAUUUUGUGGAUGGGAGCAUCGUAUCUUCCUGGGUUAACGUACAGCUGUGGUUGAUCAUCACUUCACACUGCACUGUGUCUGAAGAUUUAGGGUUACAGUACUGCACAUAACAUGUUUGAUGAAUUUCAAGGAUGAGAUUCAUGACGCACGUUUUGUUCAAACCUGCAUGGAAACGUUCUUGGUCUAAAGCUACGAGUACCCAGAAUUUGCAAAUACUUUCAUUUUCCCAGUACCCCACAUUGCCGUCGAUAUCUGUCUCUCCCCAGUUGCAAGAGCUCUCCAGCAUUGUCAUGAGCACUGUUGGCGGGCUAGAUGAUCUGGAGUUGAGCCUAAAUAAGUUCAAAGAUUCUUUAACUUCGCCUCUUGUAACUCAGGCUAUUGAUUCUAGUAAGCACGAGGCACACACUAGAAGAUUGCUCAGGUUCUUUUUAUGGUCUAGUAAGAAUCUGAAUCGUAGUUUGGAAGACAAGGAUUACAAUCAUGCUCUUCGAGUUUUUGCUGAAAAGAAAGACUACACAGCAAUGGAUAUUUUGAUGGGAGAUCUCAAGAAGGAGGGUCGAGUCAUGGAUGCAGAGACUUUUGGUCUUGUAGCUGAUACUUUGGUUAAACUGGGAAAAGAAGAUGAGGCAUUGGGUGUUUUCAAGAACUUAGACAAGUAUAAUUGUCCUAUAGAUGAAUUUACUGUCACUGCUAUCAUUAAUGCCCUUUGCUCCAAAGGGCAUGCCAAGAGGGCUGAAGGGGUAGUUUGGCAUCACAGAGACAAGAUUACAAGCGCAAAACCUUGCAUAUAUAGAAGUCUCCUUUACGGGUGGUCUGUGCAGAGGAAUGUGAAGGAAGCUAGGAGAAUUAUUAAAGAGAUGAAAACGAAUGGGUUUAUUCCAGAUUUGCUGUGCUACAACACAUUCCUCAGGUGCCUUUGUGAACGGAAUCUUAGACAUAAUCCUUCAGGACUUGUGCCUGAAGUUUUAAAUGUCAUGAUGGAGAUGAGGUCUUAUAGGGUUUUCCCAACCUCUAUCAGUUACAACAUUCUGCUUUCUUGUCUAGGGAAGACCCGAAGAGUUAAGGAAUCUUGUCAAAUACUCGAAACAAUGAAAAAUUCUGGUUGUGAGCCUGAUUGGGUCAGCUAUUAUCUUGUGGCAAAGGUGUUAUUUCUGAGCGGCAGGUUUGGUAAGGGGAAAGAGAUAGUGGAUCAAAUGAUUGGAAAAGGUUUGACGUCAAAUCAUAAGUUUUACUAUAGUUUAAUUGGUAUUCUGUGUGGAGUUGAAAGGGUAAAUCACGCUCUUGAACUGUUUGAGAAAAUGAAGAAAAGUUCAAUGGGAGGUUAUGGACCGGUUUAUGACGUGCUCAUUCCAAAGCUUUGUAGAGGAGGAAAUUUUGAGAAGGGAAGAGAGCUCUGGGAUGAAGCUACAUCUAUGGGCAUCAUUCUUCAGUGUUCAGAAGAUGUUUUGGAUCCUUCAAUAACACAAGUUUACAAACCUACGAAGCCAGAAAAAAUCAGUCUUGCGGACAGCUCAAAAGCCAAGUCUCCACACAAAGUUAAAAAAUUUGUUGGAAAAAUGAAGAUGAGAAAAAAAUAUGAUGCAACGAAGAAGAAGAAAAAAGUUAAAAAGUUUACUUCAAAUUAAUUUGACAGUUUUACAGUUCUAGUUCCCGCUUUCUUCUUCCAUUUUUCUCCAAAGAACAACUAACUUAUUAUUGUUGCUUGCUUAUAAUAGAUUAAUAUCGUAUUAGUACUACUGCAGGUUUGUGGUUAUGAACUACAUGCUUUGUUUUUGGAUCGAACAUCUUGCAUGAAAAUCUUUAUGAUCUCAGUUAAACUGCAUCUUAUUCUAUUAGUUCAUUAGCGACUCUUUUUUCCUUGGAGCAUUGACAAUAUUUCAUACAAUAAACCUGGUCAGCUUAGCAUCGGAAAUGUGCUUCUGGCAUCUUGAUUAAAUUUCAGGGGAAAGUUGAAUUCUUAUAAAGCUUGUAUUUUUCCUUCUGCUUCUACUCUUUACAUUUAGAAUUGCACUUGUAGCUGGCCAACAUAUUAUUUUAAUAUUUACAAUUUAUUUGACAUCAGAAACUGGUUCCUCUAGUUUUAUCUAAUGCCCUGUGUAGUUUAAAAUUGGGCAAUUGGCAUUCAACAGUGAGAUUGUAG